UCAAAAACCACUGAAGUAUGUAUCUAAUAAAAAAACCUAAGAUAUGGAUAGAUAAUAAAAAAACAAGUUAAAUGCUAAACAAACGCAAAAAUGGACUUGAUUGAUCUAAAUUAUUGUAUGACAAACGACGAAGUUCAUAAGCCCAAAGCAAAUGCUUGUUUUUGUUGUUUAAAUGACAGUAAAACCUUGAUUCGAUUUCAGUUUUGUAAACACCGGAUAUUCCUUGAAAAUCAUUUUAAAGAAAAGUUGAACAUACAAAACCUAUUUGUGUGUGUCAAAUGCCACAGUUUCAUGAAAAAGAUCAAUCUGUUCUUGAGGCAAGUGGAACAGAACUAUUCCGCGCUCAAGGCAGAGAUUCCAUAUAAUAAUGCAAACAUAACUACAAAUCUCAUACGAAGUAAUAUUGAAGUAAUAUCAAACUUAAAUGAUGUCAAAGAAAUCAAAAUUGAACCUUUCACUCCACAAUUUGAAGAUGACAUUGAGAUUGAAGUUAAGCUUGAAGAAGCACCCAAUAUUAGUAAGUCAACAGUACGGAGUCUUCCAGAACCUCUACAGACUCCACAUAACAAUGUUAACAUGUCUACAAUAUUGAAUAACUAUAAUUUUAAAGUAAUAUCGACCUCAAAUGAUGUAAAAGAAAUCAAAAUUGAACCUAUCACUGCUCGAUAUGAAGAUGAUGAAGAUGAAAAUGAUAUUGAAGUUAAGUUGGAAGAAAAACACAAUAUUAGUAACGCAACAGUACAGAGUAUUCAGGAACCUUUACAGGUACCUCAAGCACCGGUCACCGUCCUCGUCGAACCCGACCCACCCACCGGACCACCCACUCUUGUCGUUCACGGCUCGACGGUUCAUCUUCUAGCCAAUCAUGAUAGUAAAAGAGAGCGUCAAAAACGAUACAGAGAGCAGAACAGAGACAAAUUGAAAAAUCGUGAAGCGGAAAGAAGAAAACGUAUACAACAUACACAAAGUAUUGCCGGACUAUCUGCGUCAUCAAACACAAUAAAUAAUGAAGAAAUUGUAACUGCUCAAAGUUUAUCGGGUUGGGAAGAAACUCGACCGUCAUCAAUUCAAAUAAACGAGAGAGACAAAGAAAUGAAUGCUCUCCAGAAAAAAAGGGAACGUCAACGAAGGUACAGACAGCAGAACAGAGAUAGACUGAAGCAGCGCGAAGCAGAAAGAAGAAGGAGAAGUCUACAAAAUGCAGAAAUGAUUACAGAAUUAUCUACGUAGAUACCCGUAUAGCUGCUGGUCGGUUAUGUCGUGUUGAAUCGUGUUGUGUAUAUGGGAGCGGCGGAGCGCAGAGCGACGUGCGUUCGUCUCGGUGUUGUUGCCUCGACUGGCGAGUGGUGACCGGUUUCGGUCAACGCAGCAUUUACCGUACAUUCGUUUGAGUGGCGUUGGGUGGACGAGCUCACAGCCCACCUGGUGUUAAGUGGUUACUGGAGACAACGGACAUCUACAACGUAAAUGCGCCACCCACCU